AUGCAGGGGAUGGCCGAUGAGCUGUUCCGAAGAUCAGAGUUGCUUGGACAGUGUGUGUUAAAGGCUGCAGAGGGAAGCAGAGAGAAUCGAGAGCAGAUUGCACAGCUGCAAGCGUCAGUUGGCGAGUUGCAGUCGCAAGGUGUACACCAAGGGCAAAAGCUGGUUUCGUUAUCCACCGAGCAUGAUAGGACGAUGAGCCUUCUUGCGGAGUUCGAAUCCAGUAUGAAAGAUACAUGGGGCAAAGCAGUGCAGCGAUUGUCAACGCUAGAGGGAAGCUUUGAAAACGUUCUGGCGGCCCAAGCUGCAAUGCGCGAAGACUGCGAAGGGUGGUUGGAUAAGUCUGCUGAGGAACAGAAGCAGUACCUGGUUGUCAUGUUGGAACGACAGGCGGCAACUUUGGAAGCUUUGAGUAGGAAGCAGAUAGCCAGCGAUGAGCAGAUUGUGCAGCUGAAGCAGGGCCUGGAUAAGGCACAGGCGGAGGCUGUGGCAGUCAACAACAAGUAUGAGCAGAACGUGGAGCGAACCCGAUGGGUGGUCACCAAGGUUGCUGAGCUCGAGGGUCUAGUGGCUAAGCUGCGACAGCGAGACAUCAGCAUUCAGAGAGAGAUGGGUGUAGGUAAGGGGUUGACAGACUUGGCAAGCUCAAGCUCGCAACGGAAUGCCGUAGGAAGUGCUGCUACUUUGUCGGGGCCCUUGUACUAUGCCAUGACACCAGAUCUUCCCGCUGCGCAGGAGGAUGAUGAACAUGAUGAUGGUGGUGACGGAUGGUGGGGUGAUGAACGGGAAUGGGUAAGUAAGGAUCUUGAAACUAGUGUUCCUCCGGGUUUGAGUUUUGGUCCUUGCACUCCGCCUCCUCCGUUGCCUCCAGACAUGAAGAAGAGUGAGGGAAUAGAGAGACAGACAUUUCGGAUCAAUCAAGCCGCGUACAAGCUCAUCAAGGACGCGCCUAAGCUGGAUCUCUCGGCAGGCGGCGAGCCUUGGGAAGUGGGUAUGACUGUACAUCAGUGGCGAGUCGAAACGCGAACGGUUUUGGCAGCUAUUCAUCCCGGCUUUGCUGAUUACUUCGAUAGGAUUUAUGAAGAAGGGCGACAGCGCUACGAGAAGAAGAGACUCACUGGGUUCGAGGAUUCUUUGCCUGAUAUUACGGUAGCAGAAGCUGAGAUGGAGACUCGACUGUCUUUGGCAUUGCUCAAGAAUCUUCCGCAAACUGUUCGUCAGCCAGUGGUUGAGGGAUCUACUUCGAAGAACGUGCGGUGCAUCUUGAUGUUUGAGAGUCUGCAUGAGCGCUACGCCCCGGGGGGUCGUGAAGAGUUGGAGUCGAUUCAGCGAUACUUGCGACAACUGCCAUCGGCACAGGACUUCAAGGGUGCGAUGACAACGCUUCGAAGGUGGAAGCUCGCUCGCCAUCGGGCCCAAAGUUUGGGUCUACCUGAGCAAGCUCCUAACGAAGGCAUCGCGGCUUUGGAUAGCUUGAUGAAGGUUCUUGAGAAGAAGCAUCAGCAGCUGGCUAUGAAGAUCAAUCUUUUGAGGAUGCAGCCGGACAUCAUCAUUCCUGCAACUUCUGGGUUGGAUCGGUGGUCGUUGCUGCGGAGGCGGCGGCAAAAGGGAAAGGGCGAUUGUGCUUUCAUUUCGGGAAGCCAGGCGGUUGUUGGAGAGGAUGGGACAUCAGAACAUGCUUCGGGCUCUGAGGGUGAGUCUAACCUCUCGGAUGCUGGCCCAGUUGACUCUAGUGAUUCGACAGGGCGUGCUAUAGAGAGUGAGAGUGAGAGUGAAGGCCACGGUAGACCGCCGUUGUGGUACCUAGUUCUUCAUGAAGUUGAGUAUGCUUUGAUGUCGAGUGGUGCGUCCCCACUGCUGACUCAUGCUAUUGCUCCAUUUCAGCAGGUGAACGGACCCAACUUGAUUGCUGUUGGCAUUUGGGAAAUCCUUGAAGAACUUGAUUUCCAACUUCCGAUUGAAGACAUCCAGAUAGGACCACAGGUCUUGGUGGAUUCAGGUGCCAAUGAAGUUAUAAGGCCACGGCCCGAGGGAUAUGAUGUUCAUCGAUGCAAGAAAACGCAAGUGGCUUUGGCAUCAGGGGACACAGUGCAGGCAUGGAGGACACGAGAUGGUGAGCUCAUGAUCGGUGAUGUUGAGUUGGAUCAUGAUGCUGAUUGGAUUCUGAGUGUCCGUAGGCUGAGGGGUAUUCGGGGUGCUUUUGUGUGGGAUGAGUUAGGUCCGAGGGUCAAGUAUUGGAACGGUGAGAAUCAAGUCACGGUGCAUUGCAUGGAGCAAAAUGGGUUGCCAUACAUUUCAUGGGAAGACUUUAAGCCCAUUCGAGUGCUUUUGGCUAAAGAUUGGAGAAAGCGUGGCAACAUCAGUGUCAUGCGUGCCGAGACCUCAUCCCUGCAUGUGACAGAUUACGAGCCUACUGUUGAGAUUCUUGGAAGUCGCUUUCAGGAGGAGUCAAAGAUUGCACCAGCUGUUGCAUUGGAGGAUGCAGGCGAACAGAGGGCCAAGGAGUUGUGUGCCAAAGCUAAGAUCACCUUUGAUGAGGUUUGGGAUGCGAUUCAGCUGGCGAGUCUGGUUGAGAGGAACACUGAUAGAGAGAGAGUCGUAGAAGAAGGAGGCAAGAAAGCACUUCCGAUGUGGUCAUUUGGUCUCUUCGUUCAUGGCGGCGUGUUGGGAGUAACAUCUGAAACUCGUCGGCAUCCAUGGUUGACGCGACUGUUGACGAAGUUGGUGCGACAACAUCAUCCGGAUUUGGAGUUUUUGUCUGUCGGCGUAGGGAUCAACUUGGCAUUCCGUCCUCAUCGUGAUCGCAAUUCCCUUGAAAGAGAAUCCGUGCUCUUUGGAAUCACUCGCUUCAUCGGGGGCCAACUUUGGAUUGAAGGGCUUCCGAAUGAAAAGAGAAAUACUGCUAUCAGACGAGUCGACAGCAGUGACGAGCCAAAGGCGGGUCGGCUUCACGAGCUAUCGCAUAAGAGUGUAAGGUUCAAUUCUGCUCUUCGGUUGCAUGGGACUGAGCCUUUCAAGGGAACGAGAGCUACGGCAGUUGGCUACACACCGCGUGGCCACCUCAAUGUGACAGCUGAGCUUAUGAAGCAGCUCAGCACCCUUGGCUUUCAUGACGAGAGGAUGCAGAAGCUUGGCGAUCAGGUCUGUUCGGAAGGUGAUGCCGUGCAGAUUGAACCGAAUGGUGAGCCAGGGUCACAGGACGUUUGGGAUUCGGAGUUUCAGGGUUUAGGCACGAGUAGCGUGCAAAGCCCGGGUGAUGAUGGAGAUGAGGGUUUGUCCGCGCCGGGGUUAAUGGCUUUCGAAGCUGUCGCUGAAGAGGUCAUUGAUCUUACAGGGGAUCCGCCGGCACGCCCGGGACAUGCGUUGAAAGAUUAUGAAGCUCGCGGCCUGCGCCGCCCGCACCGGAAGGUAACUGCUGACCAGGUGUCCAGAGGGGUUCUGUCUAUAGAUUUAGCGGGUCCGUAUGCUGCUGCCUAUGAUGGAACGAAGUACGCCUUGAUAGCUGUGUUUCGCAUUGAUGAGAGCAUGCAGUUGCAUUUCGUGCGGCCUAUGAAGAGGAGGCUGUGGAGUGAGCUGUUCAGUGCAUUGCAGAGUGUCUUGGCGCAAGUGUCAGCUCUGUGCGGAGAUCGACCUCAGGUGGUUCGAAUACAUUCUGAUAAGGCUCGCGAGUUCCUGGCGCAACGGGUUGUAGAGGGGAUCAAUGCUUUAGGAGUGUUCCAAACCACCACGACGGGUUACGAUCCUCAAGCAAACGGUCUUGCAGAGCGGACUGUUGGAUUGUUGAAAGAGCGAGCGAGGGGAUUUCUGAUCCGGGGUGGCAUCAACAAGAAGUUCUGGCCACUCAUGAUGGCAGAAGCUGCGAGGAGGCAGAGGGAUGUGACCUUAAACCGUCCUCAUCAAGGAAGGUUGCCUGAGCCAGGCGACUAUGUUGCUGUGACUGUGCAAGGUGCGGGUCCCUUUGACCCCAGAGUGGAGCCAGGGCGUUUCAUUGCUCAGUCGGACGUUGCAGUGCAGGGUGCUUUGGUGUUAGUCACGAGGGCAGGUCAGGAGCAUUUGAUCACCACGCGAUUGCCAGCCGUGAUUGAUAAGAAGCCGGAGCAGUGGAGAACACAUGUCACACCGUUGGGAGAUUUGGUCUGGAUCAGUUCUUCGGGCCAGGUUCGGGAGGGUGAGGUAGUCCGGGACCUUGGAGUGGAUUUGGGAAUGCUUACGGUGGAAGAGCGCGAACAAGGUGGUCAUGUUGAGCAGGGUUUGCCUUUCGUGGCCCGCGCAUCUGCCGGUAAUCAUCUUGAGGAGGAGCCACUUGCAAUGGUACCUGAGGUCCGGAAGAAGGUGAAGAAUGACGACAAGGCCGAUCGCUAUCAAAUCCUGCCGUAUGAGGUUGAGCAAGAGAUGAACCGGGCAGAGGUCAAGGUUGCGCAGCUGGUUACGGACACGAUUGAUGCAAGAAUCCUGUCUGACCCUAAAACACCGGCGGAUGAGAAGCUGAAGUGGAUAAAUGAGGGUUUGAAACCUGAGUUGCAGACGCUUCAACAGAAGGAGAUCUGUGAUGAGUGGGAUGAGGCGGACAUACCAUCGGGAGCGAAGGUGCUUCCGUCCAAGGUGGUACUGACCAAAAAACCUCUUGACAAUGACGCGGAGGUGGACCCAGCCGAGCCUUUGAGUACUUGGAGGGCAAAGGCGCGGAUAGUGGUGUGCGGCAAUUAUGAGCAGAAUACGGUGGGUCACGAUCCGGACAACGCGAGUGCCAACCCUGCUAUCGAGCACAUCCGGUGGAGCGCAACCUGCCUUGCAAGCAAUCCGAGCUGGACUGGACUGGUUCUGGAUGUUACGGCUGCCUUCCUGAACGCAAAGAUGGACAAUGACACAACCUUUGUCAGACCCCCAAAGGUGUUAUCCAGAGAGGGUCUGAUGGGACCUUCUAAGGUUUGGAGGCUUCGUAAGUUGUUGUACGGGCUACGCAAAGGACCGAAGCUUUGGGAAGUUUGUCGAAACGAGGAGCUGGACGGAAAGACGUUUGAGGAUGCAGAGGGCACGACGUUCUUCCUCGAUCCUGUUUCGUCCGGGGUGUGGGCCAUCAGGAAGCAAGGAGAGCCACAGUCAUUCUUCGGUGCAUUCGACAUGUACGUUGAUGACGGGUUGAUUGUGGGACCGGUGUCGUUAUGCCAGGCAUUAGCAGAGGUGCUGCUGAAGACGUGGCAGAUGAAGAUCCAAGGGUUCUUGCCGAGUGACGGGUUGAAGGUCGGUGGGAAGGUUCAGGUGGGUGACAAGCAGGUCCCGAUUCGGCAGGAGUUGCAGUUCCUGGGGAUGGUGAUCAGACGCACUGAGGAGGGUGUGUCGCUACAUCAGCAUCCUUGGGUUGAGACUGAGCUGGAGCGGCGCGGUUGGGCGGCGGUUAAAGGUGCCGCUAAUCUUCCGGAAGUGGUUGAAGGACAGACGGUGCCGGUGACCCGGGAUGAUGCGUACGGUGCGGACCUGCACCGUGCGCAGUCGGAGAUUGGUUCACUUUUCUGGUUGGGGCUUCGCACUCGACCAGACUUGCUUGCUACAGUCGGGGCCUUAUCUUGCAUGAGCACUGUGGACCCGAGGAAGACGUACAAGCUUGCGACACAAGUCUGGAGGUACGUAGCUGGUACCAGGGAUAAGGUGUUGUUCUUCAGAGCCGGGGGCAAUCUUCAGGAGGAGAAGCUUUCGAUCUUUGGAGAUGCAUCGUUAGCGCCCGGAGCAUCGAGAUCAAGGACCGGUGUGGUGGUGAAGCUUGGUGGCUAUACCAUCGCAUAUCGUACUCAGCGACAGUCUUUAACUGCUUAUUCUGCCUUUGAGGCAGAAGUCGAAGCAGCGGCAACAGCGUAUCAGCUAGGAACACAGGUGAGGCUGUUUGUGGACAAGUUCCUGAAGAAGGAUGUGGAAACGGAGCUGUUCGGGGACAAUUCUGCCUGUGUUAGCAACCUCACCAAGGGGACUUCUGUGCCUUCUGUAGAGGAAGUAAGUGCCUUGCGUGGUCAGAACGAGUGCCUGGAAGCAAAUACCCGCGGCUUGGCAGCGAGCUGCCGUGUCAUGGUGCUGACACUUGCGGGCGUUGGCCGUGGCGCUGGUAGCGGCAAGAUUUACGGGAACCCGAUGGGAGCUCGGCAUGCGAGCACCAUCGGGGAGGCGAGCUAUGGCGAGCUGGAGGCCCCCGCAGCACAGCACAGUGCGUGGUGUCCGGACGAGUCCAGCAAAACACCACAGAAGGAGGAGGGAAGGCCGCCGGCUGAGGGAAACCUCAAGGGAAAACUCCGCGUUGCUGAGACGUUUGUCAAAGGUCUUCGAGGGCGUGGCUACCAAUACCCGACCGUCCGUCGGACCAGCCUGGGCUCGUCGCCGACACCGCGAGGCGGCCGAGACAGGUUGCUCCCACAGACCCGAGCUGUGCGGAGCAGCUCGACCCAGGAGACUGAGCUAAGCAACAGACCGACCUGCACAUGA